AUGUUCCUCACUACGUCUCAUCGUGCUUUACGUCGAUUGUUUCAAGGCUCACGAUCCUUUGGACUUCAUCAACACAUUGAUGAAUCCAAAUUCUCGAACUUUUCAUUGAAAUUAUCGGAUGAUCAACGUGAAUUUCAACAAGUAGCACGUAAAUUUGCGCUUGAGGAGAUGAUUCCAAACGAAAAAGUUUACGAUCAAAGUAUGGAAUAUCCUCAUAAGAUUUUUCAAAAAGCUUGGGAACUUGGACUUGUGAAUACACAUAUUCCAGAGAAAUUUGGUGGUUUGGGUCUUGGUUCAUUUGAUGGAUGUCUGAUUGGAGAAGAACUUGCAUAUGGUUGUACUGGAAUGGCGACAGCUAUGGAAGCUAAUAGUCUUGCUAUUGCUCCACUUUUAGUAGCUGGAUCAGAUGAACAAAAUCAAAAAUAUCUUAGUCGAUUAGUAGAAGCGCCACUUCAAGCUGCUUAUUGUGUGACUGAACCUGGUGCUGGAUCGGAUGUGGCUGGAGCAAAAACAACAGCAGUUCAAAAAGGUGAGAAUUGGAUUUUAAAUGGUUCAAAGAUGUGGAUUACGAAUGGAAGUGUUGCGAAUUGGUAUUUUGUAUUGGCUAAGACUGAUUCAAAGGCAAAUGCUGGAAAAGCUUUUACUGGAUUUAUUGUUGAUGCUGAUACACCUGGUAUUAAUGUUGGACGGAAGGAAAUUAAUCUUGGACAACGUUGUUCGGAUACACGAGGUAUUUCGUUUGAAGAUGUUGUAGUACCAUCUCAAAAUGUAUUGGGAAAAGUUGGCGAAGGAUUUAAAAUUGCUAUGCAAGCUUUUGAUAUCACCCGUCCACCUGUAGCCAUUGCAGCUGUUGGAUUGGCACGUCGUGCGUUUGAUGAAGCGCGGAAAUAUGCAAUGGAACGAAAGACAAUGGGGGUACCUAUUGCCAUGCAUCAAGCGAUUCAAUUUAUGUUAGCAGAUAUGGCGACAGGAAUUGAAGCUGGUCGUCAAUUGACGUAUAAAGCUGCGUAUGAGAUUGAUUGUGGUCGAAAAAAUACUAUCUUUGCAUCGAUGGCUAAACGCUUUGCUGGUGACCAUGCGAAUAAAGUAGCUGCGGAUGCAGUACAGAUCUUUGGUGGUGCUGGAUUUAAUACUGAAUAUCCUGUUGAGAAACUCUUUCGUGAUGCUAAGAUCUAUCAGAUCUAUGAAGGGACUUCUCAGAUUCAACGCAUGAUUAUUGCCAAGGAACUGAUGUCGCGCCAGACGAUGGAGCCGUGA